GCGCUUCAAGACAGAAGCUCGAGGAGGAGCGGAGGAAGAUCAUGGAGGAGAUUCAGAACAUCACCGCCACAGAGCGGCAGAUCGAACACGAGCGCAGGCUGACGCACAUUUGCCAGGACUUGGGGCAGCUGAGUGGCGUGCAGGGAAGGGCAGGGUGCCCCAUCGGACUGUCGGACGGGCGACGGGCAUGA